CUGAUCCGACGGUCCCGGUUAAUCGAUGAGCUGAUAGUUCUAGAUUGUCGUUGGGUAUAUGAUAUCUUUGCUGCAUCUAGAAACUUUUCAUCGCAUCAAAGUGAUGCAUAUGUAAACAUUGUAACCAGGACCAGGUGAAGCAAAAUACAUUGAUGGGCUCCCUUGUGAUUUUCGAGAAAUGAAAGCACUGGGACAAGCAUAACUUGUGAAAUGCUUCUCUUUCCCUCUUGAUUCGUCCACGGGUCAUCUUCUCUCUGUCUCCAUAUGCCGCAGCCAGCCAUGCGCCGGCAGUACGCCGAGCUCCUCCGCGGGGCCGCCGCGCAGCCGUCGCUCCCACUCGUGGCGUCCCUCCACGCCGCUUCCCUCCGUCGCGCCGCGGUCCCGGCGGCCGCGCUCAUCCACGCAUACUCCGCCUGCGGCGACCCGGCCGCCGCGCGCAGCCUGUUCGACGGAUUGCCCGCGCAGGACCAGACGCUCUCCGCGCGCACCGCGCUCGCCAGCGCCAUGUCCGCGCACGGCCGGUGCUCGGAGGCGCUCGCCCUGUUCCGCGGGGUGGAGGGGGAGAUGGACGACCGGGCGGUGACGGUGGCGCUCGCCGCGUGCGCCAGGGCCGGGCUGGUGGUCGAGGGGAGGGCGCUGUUCGCCAGGGUGCCGAGGCCCGCGCUGCAGCACUACACGUGCAUGGUGGAGAUGCUGGGACGGGCCGGGCUUGUCGACGAGGCAGAGGGCCUGCUGGCGCGCGUCGAGGCACGCCCCGACAGGGUCAUUUGUGGGGUGCUGCUCGCCGCGUGCCGCGUCCAUGGACGUGUCGAUGUUGCCGAGAGAGUGGAUAGGUUGAUGCGCAAGUAUGGCAUUGCGUGAGCUCUUUGCUGUGUGAUAAUGAAGCUGGUAAAGUCUCAGAAGGAAAAAUAAACGAAGCUGAUGAGAAAUUAAUGAGUAGGUGGUAAUGGUGGUUCUUGAAGUUCAUUCAGUAAUAUGCAGGACAACGCUAGCCACGGCCGUUGGAAUCUGAAAUUUGCUGAAGCCUGUGCUGGUGAUUGUCAGUGGGUCUCAAGAACUACAUGCGAGGAUCAACCACACGAGUGUCGGCGUAAUUUGUUGCUUGCCUCUGUUAUGGACGCAUACUUUGAAGACGGGAUCAACCUGAUCAUAGUGAAACGAGUGUUUCUGGGAACACAAGUAAUGCAUGUAGAGCUGUGGUCAGUUUUCUCGUUUCCUGAGUGUGUACUCUCAGAUUAACCAGAUGGGGCAUGGGGGUUAUCUUCAGACUCAGUAAGACCAUCAGAUUGACGUAAUUGAGCUAGCAAUGCAGCACAAAGAGAAGUAAGUUGCUGAGUUAACAGACUGACCCGUGAAGCUUGAGUAAAUUAUGGAAGAACAUAUUAUCAGUCAAAUGUUCUCCAUCAAAUACCAAAGUAAUAGUGUUGUUGCAGUAACAAAGUGAAGUCUGCUUGUUGAGUUUUACCUAUUGCAGCGCAAAGUCACGAAUCCUGAUAAGCUAUGGAUGAACUCGGCAUGCUGUUUUUUUCAUAUGGGUAAAUCUGAGAAAUGGAGCUGCUAUUUCCUGAGAUCUUGUGGUGAGAGGUCUACUGGGAUGAUGGGAUUCAGCUCAAGAUACUUAAAGAGUUGUGGCAUUCUCUCAUGGUGGGAAACUGAUAUGGUUCAGCGUACCAAGUAUAAUCAGAUGCUGGAAAUGGUGUGUGAUUGGAGCUCUUGGGAUCCUAGAGGGAAUGUAACGAUUUCAGCCUGAUGGAACAACCAAGAAAGGGGGCGUGUAAAUACAGAAGCAUCAGCAUCUCAUUCAGUCUGUUCUCGAGAGUUGGUGAACCCAUGGAACAAGGAAUAUGAAUAUUCUGCGGUUCUCCUCUAUGGUUCUCAUCAGCAUCAUUUGGCUGCGUGCAUCCAUUGAUGCAGAGGCGGGGGUAUUCCCUCCUUUUCGAAAAAAACCCUGUGAGGAACAGACAAACAAACAACCGGUGGCUGAAAAGGUUGGAGAAUGAUGGAAGAAAGGAGCUCCCAAAUCCAAACCCAGCUGCAUAUACAUCCCUCCUGGCACUGACAGGAAACAACACUGACGGCGAAUUCUGCUAACAAUGCAAUUCUCUGACGAAGUGUUCCUCGUUUAUUGUUUGUCGUCGUCAUCGUCGUCACGACACGAUUGUGCGCAGGUUACAAGCGCUCGGUGGCGCCGGAUUCAGACCAAAGGCGCCGUUCGCUGGACGACAGAGCACUCACUGGCCGUUGCUUUCAGUUCCUUUUCCUUUGAGUGGAGCAGCAGGCAGCAGCUGGAGCUCAAGCAAGCUCCUCUACCAAACUGGCACCGGGAGGAAACACUGACGGCGAAUUCCUCUUCGACGAAGCGUUCCAUCGUUGUUGUUGUCGUCGUCGCGACAUGAUUCUGCGUAGGUUUACAAGCGUUCCGUUUUCGCAGACGGUACUGAAUUCAGACCAAAGGUGCCGUUCGCUGGACGGCUAGCACUGGCCGUUGCUUUCGGUUCUUUUGAGUGGAGCAAGCACAAGCAGCAGCUGGAGAGUGCAAAGCAAAGCUCCAACCACCAAACCGGGCUGCCGUGCGGCUCGAGUUUGCGUUGCUUUCAUCCUUUGUUUCCAUGCUUAUCUCAUUGUGUGAGUUGAGAUACCGCAUACAUUCCAUCCAGAAAUCCAUUGCUCGCGUGCCUUCGUGCCCUUCUUUUGCUGGUCAUUGUUAGUUGCUGUAUCUUCUAGUUUUUCCUAACUACUGAACUUCAAUUAGAAUUACCUUCACACAGUACAUCCUCCGUUGUAAAUGUCUUCCUUUGACUGUUUUUUUUCCCAACAAUUAGUCUAUUACUCCUACUGCU